ACAAAUAAAUACGUGCGGUUUUUCAGUUAUGCCAUUUUGAAACUAAAAGCUACUUUAAGUAAAGACUCGACGCGUCGUUUGAUUAAAGAUGGAAAUAACUAACUUAAAAUUAGGCGUUGAAGUUCGAGGAUUCCGACUUAUCGAGCAGCCGACAUUUCCGGAAGAGUUAGUGGAGAAAAUAAAGAAAUUAGUUCACGAACACCGUAUUGUGGUGUUCAGAGAUCAAGGUAUUGUGAGCGGAGAAAAACAUGUUGAAAUAAGCCAAUGGUUUGGAGACAUUGACGGCACAGUGUUUGAAGGAGAUCCGCUGUUUGCCCAUCCGAAAUGUCCACAUCCAAACGUCCAUAGAAUAUCAAAUGACCCGGACGAGGGAUGUACAAAUGCCGGACGCUCCGGGUGGCAUAUUGACGGUAGUUUCGUACAAGAGCCAUUUGGAUACGCUUUGUAUCACAUGCCAGCCGUACCAAAAACCGGUGCAACAGAAUUUAUUGGCUUCAAAGAGCUGCUAGAGAGCAUCCCAGACGAGAUGGGAACGAGAUGGGAACGAUUGUGGAUGGUGUCUGACAAGGGCGAUAAACUGAUACAUCCUUUAGUUUACCCCCAUCCCGUGACAGGAAACCCGGCUAUGUGCAUACACCUUGGCAUGACGGAAGCAUUCAUCUGGGACAAAGGUACGCCGGAGGAGAGGAGAACUGAUGAAGAAGAGACUAAGAAGCUGUUAGAAGAAAUCAAAAAUGAAAUAGAGAAAGACGGACGGCGAUUGGUUUAUCCGCACGAGUGGAGGAAUGGCGACUUUGUAAUCACUGAUAAUCUCGCUGUUGGGCACUUUGCAAGCGCAAACGCCAUAAGACCCAGGUCUGAAGUUGGACUCCGAAUUCUGCACCGUACUACAAUCAAAGGAACUAGCAGACCAAGCAAGGGAUGAAAGAUGCAACAAAGUAAAAACACUUACACCGGAUCAUUUCACAUAUUUAUAUUAUCAGUCACAAAUGUAUUUAAUAUUAGGAGUGUUUGAGAAAAUGACUUUCCAGUAGUUAUUAGAUUAACUAAAAAUAAUCCUGAAGGAAAACUGAAGCUUAUUCAAAUCACUCUUGAUUCAGUGUCCUUGUCCUACUGCUGCCACAUGAGGAGGCACACAGUGAUCCAAGUUUGGUUCACGGCUGCAGUAUGUUUCGUCUCAUUCCGGACAAUGAAUUUCUAUAGAUAAGUUAUCUUCAGUGAUGGCAUAUUAAGAAUUCCAUACCAAAAACCAGGUUUAAAAGGAUAUUUGCUUUGAAGACUGUAAAUCAGUUGCUUUAAAUGUGUGUACAUUUCUGUUAUUAUUAAUUCUACCUUUUGCUGCUAAGCAUGUGACUUGAUUGGGUGUUUUAUUGAUGUAUACAUCUCCUCGGCCCUUUCCGUCAAUAUAUCAUUAUUUACAUUUUUACAUUUAAAUGAAUAAAAUAUCGUAUUCGG